AGUAGUGUCGUUAACACGGCUGUGAGGAAACUCGACGAAAUGAAAAGCGAACGGAAAGAAGAAACAAGUCAUGAUUUCUGAUUAUUUUCGACAAGUUUUUAGAUUUUGUAUUUGUUGAGGAACAGUUGAGGUUAUUUAUUUAGUCUUUUUUUAUUAUAAUUUCAGCACGAUGGAGCAGCCAGUGCCUAAAAAUAAAUUGAAGAAGCUCAGUGAAGACAGUCUAACCAAGCAACCAGAAGAAGUCUUUGAUGUCCUUGAAAAACUUGGUGAAGGGUCCUAUGGAAGUGUAUUCAAAGCAAUCCAUAAAGAAUCGGGCCAAGUGGUGGCCAUUAAGCAGGUUCCUGUGGAGUCGGACCUGCAGGAGAUCAUCAAGGAGAUCUCGAUUAUGCAGCAGUGUGACAGUCCCUAUGUGGUGAAAUACUAUGGCAGUUAUUUUAAAAACACAGACCUGUGGAUCGUGAUGGAGUACUGUGGCGCUGGCUCUGUAUCUGAUAUCAUCCGGUUACGUAACAAAACACUCACAGAAGACGAGAUUGCUACCAUCCUUAAAUCCACAUUGAAAGGUCUUGAGUAUCUGCACUUCAUGAGAAAGAUCCAUAGAGACAUCAAAGCUGGGAAUAUUCUUCUUAACACUGAAGGACAUGCUAAACUGGCAGACUUUGGAGUAGCUGGGCAACUUACUGACACGAUGGCUAAGAGGAACACUGUGAUUGGCACACCAUUCUGGAUGGCUCCCGAGGUGAUUCAGGAGAUUGGGUAUAAUUGUGUGGCAGAUAUCUGGUCGCUGGGCAUCACGUCUAUAGAAAUGGCAGAGGGCAAGCCUCCUUAUGCAGACAUUCAUCCAAUGAGAGCAAUUUUUAUGAUUCCAACAAAUCCGCCACCAACAUUCCGGAAACCUGAGCUGUGGAGUGACGAAUUCACGGACUUUGUAAAGAAGUGUUUAGUGAAAAACCCAGAGCAGAGAGCCACAGCUACUCAACUGCUACAGCAUCCCUUUAUAACGAGUGCUAAACCAGUGACCAUUCUGAGGGACCUGAUCACAGAAGCAAUGGAGAUGAAGGCAAAGAGACAACAGGAGCAGCAGCGUGAGCUGGAAGAGGAGGAUGACAACUCGGAAGAGGAGGUGGAGGUGGACUCGCACACCAUGGUGAAGUCUGGCUCAGAAAGCGCGGGCACCAUGAGAGCAACAGGUACUAUGAGUGAUGGCGCUCAGACCAUGAUCGAGCACGGCAGCACCAUGCUGGAGUCAGACCUGGGCACCAUGGUCAUCAACAGCGACGAGGAAGAUGAGGAUGAAGAUGUGGGCUCAAUGAGGAGAAACCCGACAGUGCCACAAGCCCAGCGCCCGUCUUUCAUGGAUUACUUUGACAAGCAGGACUCAAACAAAGCACAAGAGAGUUAUAAUCACAACCAGCAGGAACCAUACCAUAUCCCUAAGACUGCUUUCCCAGACAACUGGAAAGUACCACAAGAUGGAGACUUUGAUUUUUUGAAAAACCUCGACUUUGAGGAGCUGCAGAUGCGCCUCAGUGCCCUGGACCCCAUGAUGGAGCGGGAAAUCGAGGAGCUGCGACAGCGCUACACAGCAAAGAGGCAGCCCAUUCUCGAUGCCAUGGAUGCCAAAAAGCGCCGGCAACAAAACUUCUAAGACUGACUCCAUAACGAAAGCAAGUAAUUUCAGAAAAAAAAAAAAAAGAACUGGCAGGCCAGAUUGUUACCCCUCCAACAGUCUUGUGUUCAGUUUCAGUCCUGAUGUUGAGCCUCUUACUGUACUCCUUCAGCUGCUGAUUAGCCACAGGAGCAUUUUGCUAAGUAUUAGAAUGCUGGUUUACUUUAUUUCUAGGGAAUUUAUCUUCGGCCUGAGCCUCGUUUUCAAAAAUUGCACUGUGUACAAUAACAAGUUAGAUUCCACUUUAUUGUCAUUGCACAUGGACAAGUACAACAAAAUGCAGUAGAGCAAGUACAGCGACAUUUAAGAGAAAAGGGUAAGAAAUGACAGCAAAUCAAGAUGGUCGCUUGAUAUCAUGAAGCAAUCGCAACCAGUGAGCUGAAAUUCCUGUGUAAAGUAGUGAAGGUUUUCAUUUAGCACAUACAAAUUUAACUGAUCUACAAAUCCAUACACUCCUCCAUCUGCAUGAGGGGAUUAGAAAACAGGUGUUAAUGUCCUCUUUCCUCACAUAUUUCUAUAGCCAUGACCUCCUGUAAUACCCCACACUGUUUCUCAACAUGGCUGCAGUCUGAAGCCAUGAUCAUCAACCUUACCGUAUGUCUGAAAUCACACCUUGUUCACUAUAUAGUGCUCUGAUGUAGGUGUUUUGCUGUUGUCUAAUCCAGUAGCAGAAAAUAAAGACCCAGUUUGGUACAGAACAACUUUUAGUCAAUAAAAUUAGCACGUGUUUUUAGAUUACGUUUAAAACAUGAUUCAAACCUCUGCAGAGGUACCAACAUUUUGAACAAUUUUUUUUUUUUUUUCCCCCCCAGAAGUGAGACAAGCAACAUUUUAAGAAAACACUGAGUGUUAGAGCCACUUAAAAACUGGAGCAGCUGUUUAUUUUUAACAACAAAAGAGACAAUAUUUUCUCUGUAUAAUUCCACGGUUUGUGAAUUCACAAGUCCGAGUUCAUUAACACUACGUUCACACUGCAGGCUGAAGUGACUCAAAUCCGAUUUUUUCGCCCAUAUGUGACCUGUAUCCGAUCUUUUAUUGACAAUAUGAACGACACAGAUCCGAUUUUUUUUCAAAUCCGACCCAGGCCGUUUGGAUAUGUGGUCCUAAUUCCGAUUCCUAUCCGAUCUUUUCAUAUGCGACUUCAGUCUGAACCGCCAGGUCGCAUUCAUCCGACUUACACGUCAUCAACAAGCCACAAACGUCACUAUUCUGCGCUGAAGUAGGCGGCGGGUCUCUCAGAAAAAGUUACAACAACAUGGCGCAUGACAUCAAUGCGACUCCGCACCCACACGUUCCUUUGAACGGAGGUUGCAGUCACUACCCUGCAGAACGCCUGAGCCAAAACCCUUGCCCUCUUCCUUCUCAACCUCCUCCUUAACAUCAGGCUAUUGUGCAUGUUCUGGCUCCGUCGCAACAACAACUGCAUCAUCGCCAGGUACUCCAUGCUGGCUACUGUCAUACACAGGAAACUUUAGGUUACUUCCGUAAACACUGGCCAUGCUCACUGCGUGUGACGUCGUCGUAUCCUGCAAUGCGCAUGCGGAACACUUUUAGGUCGCUUUUCGUUCAUAUUGAGGAUCACAUACAAGUCGCAUAUAUUUGUUAAUGUGAACGACCUCACAAAAAAAUCGGAUUUCACAAAAAAAUCGGAAUUGAGCAUUAAGCCUUGCAGUGUGAACGUAGUGUUAGAUAAUGCUGGAGCAAAGAGAAAGUAACCACCAGAAGCAAAUCUGUGUCACAUUUCACAUCCUAAGACCUUUAAAUCCUAAGACCUUUAAAUCCAGUAAAUUGCCUUUUCUGCUGGAUGAAUUUUAUUCAUGUUUGGUCAGACCACCGUUUUAGCUAAAAAGCAUAAAAACAUAGUUUUCAGAUGUCUCUCGUGUCACCAUAGCAAGGAGUCACAAAUUGUAAAUGCUGUGUCUAAACCAGGCAUUCCCAAACUAGAUGAUGCGACCCCACAUGGGGAUCGCUUGAUUUACAAAUGGGGUCACAAUUGUUUUACAUUUUACAACAUAUCAAAUGUAUUAAGAUUUUGAAAUGUUACUGGGAGUGACAUUCAGAGAAGCAACAUUUAAAUGAACAAGGUUUGUUAUUUUAGUCUUUUUCACUAUUAUGACGUAGCAUUAACAUAGUUCAGCAAUAUAAAUAAGCAAAUUUCCCCAUCCAUCCGCCUCCAUAGAACAAGCUAGCAUUAUUUCUCAAGUCAUAUACUUUGUGUAUUAUUCUACACUGUUAUUUGAAUAUGUCUGUGAAGAUUUUCAGUCAUCCAGGUCAUUGUAAUCCGUAGGUGCUAAAGAAGGCAACUGGACUUGCUUGAAAUCCUUGAAGACGCUUCAUCGCUCAUCCGAAAGGCUUCUUCAGUUCUGUCUGACUAGUAGGGAGUUCCAGGUAUUCAUACGUCAACCUUUGGUCAAUCAAACCUGUAUAACCAACCUCCAAAAUCCGUAUUUCCCUUAUAAAAUCCGUAUAAGAUGCAAAUUAAAAUAAUUUACCUAAAAUUUGAAUGAUAAUUAACAAUGAUUUAUCCCAGUUACUUUUUAUUCAAUAUUAAUAACAAUAAACCUUCAGAAUGAAUACAAAGCUCCAAUGUUUGACAAAAACACAAAGUGUUAUCAGCGUAGUUACGAAGGAAAUACUUCAUUGUUUGGAGACAGGUUUCACCGAGCUGCUAUUAUGCGCGAGACUUCAUAUUAGCUACAAAGUCAGGAAAAUCUGUUCGUAAAAUUACAUUAUAAUGGCCAAAUACAAUGAAAAGUAUUUUUCCAGUCUCACCUGUGAUCUCGUUUGGACGGUAAACCUGUUGGUACAGUUAAACGCAGCACAUGAAUGAGGCAUCUUUAUUCUCGGCUGAAUCUCCACUUUGCCACAUCCAAUAUGGUGGCGAGGAUGACGUAUGAUUCUACGCAGAAGGCGGCGUCUAUGUUUAUGACUUCACGGUUGGCGGGAUUCUCGCAAUGCGGUGUGCGCAUGAUCAAAAGUGGAACGAAGUCUCGCUACCACAAGAUGGCGCGCAAUUUCAUAAGACUCUUUACUGGCUGUCUGUGGUGUACAGUACGUUUGUAAUUGUUAUGCGCUCUUUUAUCAUCGUGGGAAUUGAUUAUAGCUCUAAAUAAAUAUUGAAGUUUUUUUAAAGAAUCCGUAUAACUUUAUUUAUAUGCCCGUAUACUACGUUUAUUGAAUCAAAUCCAUAUAAAAUACGGACAUUCCGUAUAGGUUGACAUGUAUGGGUAUUUAUCCUCUAGUGGACCAAAAGCAACCCUAAGGAGAGUCAUUGAGGUCAUGUGGGCUAUUGACCCUCUCAGCCAUCCACACCCAGCCUCCAGUGACCCUAACAACCUGCAGGAUGGCUGAGGCUACAUCCACACGACAACGAGAUUUUUUUUUUUUUUAAAUAUCGCGUCCACAUGGGCAACGGAUCAGUAAAAUAUCAGGUUCAUAUGGCAACGCAACGCUUGCUGAAAACGAUGCAAUACACAUGCCACACCUCUACGUGCGCUGUAAGACGGUCCCAUCGGAGACACCAGAACAAUAGAAGUAGACGCAUGCGCAUAAACCCCUUCUUCUGUAGCAUCAGCCACAAAGUUUUGAUUAUUAAUCAGUAGCGUAAAACGAAAGACGCGGAAAGAGGAAUGAAUGGGGGUAGAUGGAAGCCAGUACGCCAACAUUCUGAUAUCCUCCAGAAUUCUGUAAUGGUCCGGAAUAAAUUGAAUGCUACACAUUGAUGGAUUACUUUGUUCUUCUACGCCCUUUUUGAGGAAUGUAUUGUCGGACUUAAACCAACAUCUGAAGAGGUGAGAUCGCUCCUUUUUUUUUUUCCCCUAUUUUUGCUGGCAGGAUUGUUUUUGUUUUUGGAAAGCGCACGGGCGGUGCGCGGUUUGGUUAUACUCAGUACUUCCGCAGUGUUUGGACUAAAGACUCUGCCCUAAGGGCUAUUCUCUCUCUCUCUCUCUCUCUCUCUCUCUCUCUCUCUCUCUCUCUCUCUCACUUUGCACCAUUACACAAUAAAUAUUCACAGUGCAAAUAUUUUGUAAGCGCGUUUCAUGAACCAAGUUAUAGGAUUUGUUGACAACUCGCAUCGAGUUCGUUACACUUCUACCUGGUGUGAAGCACUGACAGUCAUGUGGUUGUGACGUCAUCGUAAACAAAUCCGUUCUACUCAUCCAGACCACUUCGCAACGGGGCCGUUGCCAGAUUUUUCCACUCUGGAACCCGUUCUCAAAAGAUUUCGUUUUGGGGCACCCAAAACGCCGGUGCCGUGUGGACGCCAGGCCGAAACGAUAAACAAUUUUAUCAGAUUCACCUGAAUCCAUUGCCAUGUGGACAGGGCCUGAGAGGGUCAAUAGUAGCCUGGGCCCGCCCAUCCUAAGUGUGACGCAACACGAGGGCCUGUUGCGAACUUAGUCUGGCAAGGCAAGCUAUCUCCAGCUCUUCCAAGCUCCCGAAAAAUCGGGAGCCAAUCAACUUUGAGCAUCUCCAACGGCCCUGGGUAGAGGCGUGUUCAAGGCAGUGACGUAGUAGAACUGCGACCGGAAGCCAUAGAUUGUUUACAGAAUCUAUGCCGGAAGCGCUUCAUUCACUAGAAACAUUACGAACAUGGAGCAGCGGCAAGCCUUUGACACAGCGGUAGAUGCUGUAUUGAAAGCAUUCAACGGGAAGUUCUCAUUGAAAACGGAGCAAAGAGCAGCCCUGGAGGUAUUUAUUCUCCUCCUUCUUCUUCCUGUUACUCAAGCAGUUUCCGUCGCGUCACAUACGUCAGAGGAAAGAGUGAUGUGAUUGGUUUAAGCUUCGUCACAGCUUUUUCUGGCUUCAACCAGUAGCAAACUGAGGCAUUUCAGGGAGGCGGGUCAACCACGCGCUUUGGGAAACGGUUGGGCUUAAUAUCUUUGCCAGACCAAUGCUCGCAGAGCUUUGAAGUUGCGUUAGCCAGACUAGGUCAAUAGCCCAUGUGACCUCAACGACUCUCCUUAGGGUUGCUUUUGGUCCACUAGAGGAUAAAUACCUGGAACUCUCUACUAGUCAGACAGAACUAAAGAAGCCUUUUGGAUGAGAGGUGAAACGUCUUCAAGGAUUUCAAGCGAGUCCAGUUGCCUUCUUUAGAACCUACAGAUUGUUGUUUGCGUACUAAAAUUAACCAGUUUUAAUAAUGUUGUUAGUGUUUGAAUUUCACUUUCAAACCAACUGAAAGCUCUGUUUUGCUUAUCAGUCACUACGUUUACAUGCACAUAGAGAGAAUCGAAUUUCUGCCGUUGCUCGACUGAAAUCGAAGUUCAAAAUGCCAUGUAUACACCUUAAUUCGGCUGAAAUUGAACCGAACUUGAUUUCUCGGAAUCGAGCUACACGACCUAGUUUAUGCGAUUUCUGCCGAGCUACUUUGUGCAUGUAUACCCUAUCGAGCUAGUAGUCGAGCUACUUCCGGAAGUGACGAGUGACGAGACCACAAGCGGGAAACACAACAGCCUCGGUCGGCAUGACAACAGUAGUAGCGAGCAGCAGAAGAGGUCAGGAGGAACAAACGAAGAAGAGAAAAUGGCGAUGUAGAGCUCUCUGAAGUGUGGGUGGAGCACAGAGGACGGCAGGACAAAGCUUCUGGUACUAAUAGGCUUUUUAUUGUCAGACUUUUCAGUUUAACAGCCUACUUUUAUUCUUGAGAGAAAAACACACGCGCGCUGUGUUCUAGUCCCAGGAUGAGCUGUCCCCUCUGCUCUCCCUCUGCCUCCUUAAAUAGGGUGCGGUUACUGGGAAAAGACACAAACACAGGUUAAUUACCGUCAGGUGUAGUGAUUCUGCCACUCACCUUCCCUGGCUCCGCCCUCCUGUCACAGACCGGCACUUGACCACGCCCCCACUGCCACAGGCAAGCAGAAACGUGCACUUCUGGAGUAAUGAGGAGACAGAGUUCAUGCUCAUUCAGCUUAAGGAGUUGAAUAUAUUAAAAUUCAUGGAUGGGAGAAAAACGCGCAAUGGAGAACACGGAACUGAUAACUUCGUUUACACUCUUGAAUAGCUCUUCUUCAUGACGACAACCGGAAGUGUACCAACACGAUGGGGCGUGUUGCGCCACCUGUGGCUCGGGUGCACAAUGCACUUCACACAAUAGCCCGAUUUCAGUUGUGUGCAUGUACGAUUGGAUUUCUCUGGCACCCUGCUGGGACCUUCAGCUCGAUUACCGACAGCAGCUCGAAUUGGAUGUGCAUGUAAACGUAGUCAGUGUUCAGGAUUUUUCUAUAAUAGUAAAUACAUUUCCGUGUAAGGUAGAGGUUUCCAUUUGACAUGCAGCCCAUGAUGAUGAUCAUGAUGCCAGCAGAAAGUUUUAAUAAGAGACAGCUCGUCACUAUGUUCAAAAUCGCUAAAUGUUUUACAGUUCAACGUGGAAACAUGACCGACAUGGGUGUUUUGGCUCUGAUGUGCCAUCUAGUGAAUGUUGCUUUUAAAUGUGCAUAAUAUACACCCCAGGUGUGUGAAUAAUAAUGCUGCUCACGUUACCAUUGCUUCUGCACACGCACACAAAAUCAUGCGUCAAGUUUAAACCAGAAUUCUCUGCUUCACGUCUCGCAAUCCUGGCAUGGAUCAUUUUCCUAUAAAAACAGAACGGAGACGUAAAGGGAUUUUCCUUUGUUUUUAAGUCACUUGCCUUACAUGUACAUAUAGUGCCAGUCAAAAGUUUGGACACACCUUCUAAUUCAAUGGGUUUUUUUUUUUUUUUUCUUUUUAUUAAUUAAAAGACUCUUCGUCUCUUAAAGUAAUGAUGGAUGUCGUUUCUCUUUACUUAGUUGAGCGGUUCUUGAUAUAAUAUGGAUUACGACAGUCGUGGAAUAGGGCUAUUUACUGUGUUAUUUACUAUUUGCUCUCAAACACAUUAAGAAAGCAAGAAAUUGCUCUAAUUAACUUUAGACGAGGCACCUGUUAAUUGAAAAGCAUUCCAGGUGACUACCUCAUGAAGCUGGUUAAGAUAAUGCCAAUAGUGUGCAAAGCGUCAAGGUAAAUGCUGGCUACUUUGAAGAAUCUAAAAUAUGAAACGUGUUUUGUUUUUUAACACUUUUUUUUGUUUACCACAUAAUUCCGUAUUUGUUCCAGAUGUUAUUUCAUAGUUUUUGAUAUCUUCAGUAUUGUUCUAUAAUGUAGAAAAUAGUCAAAAUACAAACAUUUGACUGGUACUGUAUGUUUUAGUUUUAUCUGUAACCACUUAUCCCUUGUGGGGUCGCGGGGGGCAAGCUGGAGCCUAUCCCAGCUGAUCAUGGGUGAGAGGCAGGGUACACCCUGGACAAGUCGCCAACUCAUCACAGGGCUGACACACAUGCGCGCAGUCAAUUUAGAGCCACCAAUUAACCUAACCUGCAUAUCUUUGGACUGUGGGAGGAAACCCACGCAGACGCGGGGAGAACAUGCAAACUCCACACAGAAAGGCCCUCGUCGGCCGCUGGGUUCGAACCCAGAACCUUCUUGCUGUGAGGCGACGGUGGUAACCACUACACCACCAUGCCGCCCGUACUGUAUGUUACCAACAUUUAAUAAAAUGUUCAAAUGUAGUCCUACAUGCAUCUAGAAUUAAAAAAAAAAAAUGUUGGGUGGUCGGUCAAGGCUUGAGGUCGCAGAAAAUUCACAUUGUCCAUUUGGAAUUGUAUGCCCAAAAGCUUUGGGAACGCCUGGUCUAAACCAUAGGUAUUGAUUUGACACCUCUGCAUCUAUCACAUGCACAUUUGGAAGAAUUACCACAUGAGAAACUGUUGGAGUUUUAAGACUUAUCAAAGUAAACCAAAGACAAUCAAACUAGUGGAACAUCACGGAGAGCUUUCAUUAGUCGACCCAAACUUGUAGUCUUAACUGGGCUUCCCUUACGUUGUCUAGAAUUGGUCUAAGUGCUGUUUCUACUGCUGCGGGACCAGGUGUUAGUAGACUGUGGAUUUGAACGAAGCUUGAAGUGUCCUCUUUGCAGUAGUAACUGGAUAUCGUCAAGCAAUUAUGAUAAUUGUACUCCCUACAGACAUCACCCAAUCUCUGUAAAUAUGCAUGGAGUAUUUGUUUCAUAUUUGAUUCCUGUACUGAAUGUCAUUUUUCUUGUUUUUGAAAUUCUUUUUCCACAACGAUGUAUUUCAAUUUCGAAUCCUAUGCUCAGUAAACACUCCUGAAAAGAAGUGCAAAUCGCACACCCUCGGACCGUCACUUUAUCUCAGGGGUUGAUAAACAGUACUUUCUCUUGAUUUGAAUUAAUUGUUUUGAAAUGACAUUUCUGACGUCUAACCUCUGUGUUUAUGGGACCAGCAUUAUUAUUUGGUCUGUCUGUUACUGGUACUUAAGCAAUACCACACACACAAUCCGAAAAAAAAAUGGCUGUAAAAAUACUGUCAUAGAGGAGGAAACUGUUACAUACAAGACAAUGAUGUAGUACAUGGACCUUUAUAAUCAUGACCAGUUUUCCACUGAAGCCUAUUGUGGACAUUUUGCUAAUAUUGUCUUAAAAUUGUGCGACCUAUAGCUUGUUUGGUGAACUGGUUUUACAAGUACUUGCUUAUGAAAUGAGUUUGUCUGUGCUUAAAAUGCCUUACUUUUGUCUUUGAUCAGUUAUAACAAUUUCAUACUUUCUGACAUGUAUUAUAAAAUUGCAUUCUAUUCUAAUUUAUUGUGCAUUUUUAUAUCCAUUUAUAGCUGCUGUUGCAGGAAAGCUUUUCUUAAACAUAAACGCAUGUUUGAAUGCUUUUAAUUUCCUCACGAUACAUCACAGCUGAGCUCUGAAUGGUUAAAACACCCAGUGAUGUUUUCUAGAUUUCGUCUCACCUGAAAAUAUUGAUAUUUUAGAGAGAGAGGUUUCCUUGCACCAGAAAUUUUCACUCUCUCCUCUGAGAGUGAAGUCUUUUAAUAAACAUCACUUUCUUGUC